AUGGAAGGAAAUAAUGGGAGUUCGAGUGAUAGUAAUAGUAGACCACCAAUACCUCUCUCUGCUGCUGCUGCUACUACGACGUCGUGUAGACAGUGUUUUAGCAUUGAUCGCGUGCCCGUUAGCUGUAAAAAUACUCUGGUUCGCCAUCAGUCUCUUCUAAAGACAAAGACUUUGGAUAUCUCUGUUAAACCUCAGCUUGGUGCAGAAAAUCACAAUGUAGAUUUUGUUCCAAUUGUUCGCUCUGGAGCAUGGGCGGAUAUUGGCUUUCGCUCAAGCAUGGAAGAUGUGUAUGUAUGUGCUGACAAUUUUAUGAGUGAUCACGGACUCAAGAAUGCAACUGAUGAGCCCAAUGCUUUUUAUGGGGUAUUUGAUGGACAUGGAGGAAAGCAUGCUGCUGACUUUGCAUGCUACCAUCUACCAAAGUUCAUUGCUGAGGAUGAAGACUUUCCCAUGGAGGUUGAGAGGGUCGUAGCUUCUGCAUUUCUGCAAACCGACUCUGCUUUUGAGAAGGCUUGCUCCCUGGAUGCAGCCCUUGCUUCUGGAACCACCGCACUGACAGCUCUUGUUGUUGGGAGGUUGUUAGUGGUGGCAAAUGCUGGAGAUUGUCGAGCAGUGCUGUGCCGCCGUGGCAAUGCCAUUGACAUGUCUAAUGAUCACAAACCAACGUGCAGCAAAGAAAGGAAGCGCAUCGAGGCAUGUGGGGGGUACAUUUAUGAUGGUUAUCUCAAUGGACUUCUCAAUGUGGCACGUGCUUUGGGAGACUGGCACAUGGAAGGACUGAAAUUUAGUGGCAGUGAUGGUGGGCCACUAAGUGCUGAGCCUGAGCUUAUGUCUAGACAAUUGACAGAGGAAGAUGAAUUCCUCAUUAUAGGUUGUGAUGGGAUCUGGGAUGUGUUCAGGAGCCAAAACGCUGUGGAUUUUGCUAGGCGGAGGCUUCAGCAGCACAAUGACCCAGUCAUGUGUAGCAAAGAUAUCAUUGAUGAAGCCUUGAAGAGGAAGAGCGGCGAUAAUUUAGCUGUUAUUGUCGUUUGCUUCCAGUCUGAGCCUCCCCGUAACUUGGUUGCCCCACGCCAAAGGGUGCAAAGGAGCAUAUCCGCUGAGGGCUUGAGGGAGUUGCAGAGCUUCUUGGAUGACUUGGCAAAAUGA